GUAUCGGUGAGUUAUGUGGCGCAGCUGGACAUCGUGAAAUCGGGGAUGCUGGCGCUGGAAAAUGACGCACUGGUGAGCUUGUCGGGAAUCGAGGCGCUUGGGCUCAUGAGCAAUCGUCUGGCCACCGUCGGGGAGAAGUCUCUCGUGUGA